AUGGCAACCAAGUUUAGAAAUGCCUUUUGGCUUAGAUCCAAUGAUUUUGCGCCACAGGUUUAUCUUUUUAGAAACAUCCAAUCUGGCCAAAUUGUAUAUUCUCAAAUGCCUCAUGUUACAAAAUACCAAAUAAAGCAGCAAUUCUUCCGCCCAAACUGGGAAAAUAGGAAACCUCAUCCACGUCAUGAUAUCUGGCGCCCAUUGGCUGUAGCCGAAUUUGCUAGUUAUGAAGAUGCAGUCAGAGCUUACCAUGGGUUAGUUGAACUUAGAUAUAUGAGAGAAGUUUCAAAAAAGAAAGAAGCUCAAAGUAUGAGGAAACUAAACGAAUACAAUAGAAUUUGGUGUUCUGGACAAUAUAGACCAACUUAUACAAUGGAAGCAACUGCGGAUUUGGCCACUGUGUUGGAUGAAUUCAAAUUGGCUUCUGACACUACUAUUUAUUGGGAUGGCCUUUGGUGGAGAGGUGAUCCUAAACAAUGGAACCCAGAAAUUAAUCACCAAGAUAUGGAAAGGUUUGGAAGAAGAGAGAAAUUUGUCAUUUUGGAUGAAAUCAGAGAAAAAGGUUUGUUGAAUUUCAAGCAAAAACAACAACAACAACAACAACCUGAGAUGAAUGAACAACAACAACAACAACAACAACAACUAUCUUAG